GGGGUGGGGGGCGAGCAGUUACCACGGAGAUACAUAAUCAGAGAAAGUAGCCGAGGGAUCUCUUUUUAGUUUAUGGGACAGAGGCGCGAGAUGUCACCAGCCAAGCGCGAUCCUCCGCGGACUUUCCUCAGCUUCUCCCAGCUCCUGCUGAACAGCGGCAGCUUGGGCCCGCCGCUCCCCCGGCCCAAGGUCAGCUACCUGGAGGUGGAGAUCCUGGACCAGAGGACCGGAACGCCCGUCUCCAUAAUAGACAAGGUGCAUCCUUCGUCAACAGUGCUUGACUUGAAAAAUCGCUUCCAUAAAGCAUGUCCUGGUUGGUGUCCGUCGCGCACGGGACUCAAGACUGACCCCAAUGGGCCGUUCCUGCCAGACACCUGCGUCAUGGAGACCAUCGCCACCUCGUCCCUGGUCUCCGUCUACCCCACGGACCUGGGUCGGCAGGUCGGGUGGACGGCGGUGUUCCUGAGCCAGUAUUUCGGACCUCUGCUGAUAUACCUGGUGUUUUAUUUACGCUUGUCAAACGUGUACGCCGACGCCAUAAAAAGCCGGCGGCCGCUAGUAGUGCACUUGGCCUGUUUCUGCCACUCUCUGCACUACAUCAAACAUCUUCUGGAGACUCUGUUUGUUCACAAGCUGUGCGAUGGAUGCACCCCGCUACGAAACCUGCUGAAGGGUUGCGCCUUCUACUGGGGAUUUACUGCCUGGCUGGGAUAUUAUGUCAACCACCCCCUCUACACCCCCCCAUGUUUGCACCCUGGGCCCACCUGUAACCCCUUCUCCUGGCUCUUUAAGCUGGUUCACUGUCCGCAGUACACCUACGAGAUUGGAGCCUGGAUAAGUUUUGCCAUCAUGACUCAAACCGUCCCUGUGGCGGUCUUCGCGGCGCUGGUGUCGACCCAGAUGCUGCUGAGGGCGAGGAAGAGGCGCCAUAAGUACCUGAGGCGGAGGAACGGAGGGGGCGGGGCCUACCGGAGAGCCGCCGUCAUCCCUUUCGUACUGUAGGAAGCGGCGGGGGGGCCGGAGCACCGCCCGCGGGAUUGGGAAAUAAUGCCGCCCUGGCAACAGAGGCCAGGCAAGAGACGCGCCGCUACGGUAACCGAAUCCUAAUGAUGCUCUUUAAUGGAGAAGAAAGGCAGGGGGGUGGUGGGGUGGGGGGGAGAAGCGUGGUGUGAGGCCUGGGUUCGAUGCCCGGAGCUACCCUGGCAGGGGGGGCAGCCGAGGAGGAGGAGGAGGAGGAGGGGGGGUUGGGGGCGGUGUUCCAGUCUUCAGCUCUGAAGAGGUGGAGGAAACGGGGUCAAACCAGAGAGGUGAACUUUCAGCACCAGCGGGCGAGAGAGAGAGAGGGAGAAUGUUUUUCUCACCGAUCGCUGUGAGGAAGAAGUCAAGAUAACUGUUUUCAUUUUGGGUUUCAGUUAAGCUGGACGUGACAUUUGUUCACCUGUUUUCCUCUUUUUAUGACACUGAGGCCGCAGAAUGGCACUAUUGUAAUACUGCAGCCCUGGCUUUCACUAGGAAAAUGUACUUUGUUACCUGUCUGUUUUAAAAUGAAUGUCCAAACCAACUUAUACACAAUGCAUACAUGCUUGUACACAUAUUAUUAUUAUUAUUAUUAUUAUUAUUAUGCAGAAAUAUGUGUGUACAGACAUUUAUUUAUGGAAGACUUUCUGUACAUAGAGAAAAGUGUUUUAACUGUGACCACUUAGCGCAACUCAAGUGCAGCUGCAUCAGCUUCAGAUUGUUGGAGUUGCUGUCUUUAAACAGCCCAGGUGAAUCAGAACACAAACAGAGGACAGGAUUUUCAAAAUUAAACUCAAAUUCCUAUUACAGCGUGUGCAAAUGUUUAAUCAUCUGUUGUGGCAUGAAGCAAUAUUCAGUACAAAUAUGAUUCAUAAUUCCUCCUCGCAAACAAGUUUGUAAAGCAGAAAUAUUGGACGGCAUAUCAAUUACACUGGAAUCACAAAAUAAUCCAUAAUAUUUAAGCUGCAUACACAAAAUGAAGCACUGUUUGCAUCUGAGAAAGUGCCUAGUGCAAGACAUUGCUUACCAAGCAAAUGAGUUCUGUGUGAGGUUUAGUGGCUCCUUCUAGAAGGAGGUAAAUCCAAUGUAAACAUAAAAUCCACGUAUGGUUACUACUUUUCUCUUUCCUCCCUGACAGAAACACAGAACACAUUUAACAUGAUAUUUAUAACUGAAAAUGCGCAAAGCUAAUGGCAAAAAAACCAUUUUUAUUUGUGCAUAAAGCCCUGAGUAAAGCGUAAUUUUUUGGACGAAAAACCUUUUCCAGACAGGAAGAGUAAAUAUCCUCACCUCUUCCUGUGUUGCAGCGCGUACAGUAUUGUCGAGUAAAAGUUGUCAAAGUUUCAAAUUUGAGUUGUGAUCGGUUGACAUUUUUAACUUCCGACAUAAAUCCUUCUGCCAGAGAUGUAUGCUGUUUGUCCCAAUUUGAACCACAGACAUUAGUGUUGUUCGAGAGAGAGGAGAGGAUGGAAACGAGCAUAACUGAACACAAAGCUGACAUAGGUGUAGUGAUAGCCUUAAGCUCUACGUUCACACAUCUUCUCUUGAGCUUCUUCCUAAGAGUAUGCUUCUCUAUCCUAUUCAAUCAAUCUUUUAAUGAGUUUUCUAAAGUCAAUUAGUCUGCAUAUUUGAAAGAAAGGGCUACAAAGAAUAAAAUCUCACUAAACAUAUUAACGCAUUUUAAUGUUCUUUAAAUGGAAGUGCUAUUUUGGGCUGUUUUGGUCAAAUCUCUGUCAGCAUCAAAGUAAAAGGGUUUCUGUGGUUCUACAAAUUUGGCAUACUUUAUCUUUAGUCUCUUUU